AUGCGGUUAGAAGUCUCAGAAGACCUGGGCCUUUGUAUUGUUGUGCCUCAGCUGUCCGUACAUAAAAUGGGAACACUGGUGAAUUACUACUACGACAAUGAUUUCACUGCAGUAGGACUCUCAUAUGCCUCAUCCAGCAAGCUGGCUGGUAAUUUCAUAGAAAGUGGUGCUGGUCUUUCCCAAAUACCCGUAAAGCCAUCUCAACGUACUUCUUUAGUGCUUAAAACUCUUCUCUGCAGUGAUUACGACAAGAAGUCCACAUUGAUUAGGCAGCUGAAUCUCUGCGCAAACACGUAUCUCUUUAUGGUGCAAGCUCGUGGUAUAAUGUUGAGAGAAAAUGUAAAAACAAUAGGACACAUGAUCAGAUUGUACACUAACAAAAAUGCUACACUGAAUGGCACAGAUUAUCCUGAAGGAAACAAUUCUAGUGACUGUCUCGCACAAACUACAAUGUAUCUUCCAGAAAACUUCACUUAUUCUCCUUACCAGGCUUGUCCAGAAAAGCUGCCUUACAUGAGAGGCCUUGUCGAUGUCAAUAUGAGUGAAAUUAGUUUUGAUGAAAUUCAAGAAGUUUUUUCAAAAGAUUUGGACAUUAGACCAGGAGGACACUGGAAACCAAAAGACUGUAAGCCACGAUGGAAGGUGGCAAUCCUCAUUCCUUUUCGGAAUCGCCAUGAGCAUCUUCCAAUUUUUUUCCGGCACCUGAUACCUAUGUUGCAGAAGCAGCGUCUGGAAUUUGCCUUCUAUGUUGUUGAACAGACAGGUACACAACCUUUUAAUCGUGCAAUGCUCUUCAACGUUGGCUUCAAAGAGGCUAUGAAGGAUGUUGUUUGGGACUGCAUAAUAUUUCAUGAUGUGGAUCACUUGCCUGAAAAUGACCGAAAUUAUUAUGGAUGCGGAGAAAUGCCACGUCAUUUUGCAGCAAAGCUGGACAAAUACAUGUACAUUCUUCCUUACAAUGAGUUCUUUGGCGGUGUAAGUGGAUUGACAGUAGAACAAUUCAAAAAGAUCAAUGGGUUUCCAAAUGCCUUUUGGGGAUGGGGUGGAGAAGAUGACGAUCUUUGGAACAGGGUUCACUAUGCUGGAUACAAUGUAACAAGACCAGAGGGAGAUUUAGGGAAGUACAAAUCUAUUCCUCAUCAUCACAGAGGUGAAGUCCAAUUUUUAGGACGAUACAAACUUCUGAGGUAUUCCAGAGAACGACAGUACAUUGAUGGGUUGAACAAUUUAAUAUAUACUCCUAAAAUACUUGUCAGUAGGUUAUAUAAAAAUAUAACUGUAAAUCUUAUACCAGAACUUGCUCCUGUUAGAGACUAUUGAUGGAGAUGGAAUGACAAGCUACGCUACUGGAGUAAACAUUAAUAUUGGAAGCUACUAAUAGACAAUUACAGACACUAAAAAAACAAAAAGCAAAACAAAAUAAAAAAAAAAGAACAAACAGCAGCUUAGAAUUUAGGGAUUUUUGACCAUUUAAUGAUGCAUAUUUGGGAUGAGAAGUAAAAUGAUUGUAUGUACCAUGCAUUUUGUUCUGAAGGAAAAGCCAGCAGCUACCACUCAGAUGUUUACAGCAUGAAACUACUGUUCAAGCCUUCAUUCUCCAUGUUCUCUAUCUUAACUGCUCAGUUAGCUAAACUGCAGAAACAGACCUGUAGCUUCUCUGGAAGUUGGGAGGAAAGCCUCUUCUUCCAGGAAUUUUUUAUACUCCUUCCCUUCCUCCCCUCCCCGUAUUUAAAUGAAUGCUUUUGUUCCUUUUUAAACCGUGUUUUGUAAAUAUGUGAUGUAAAUUAAUGUGUGUACAUUGCUUUUAAAUUGCUCAAUAUUUUAUGCUUCAGUAUGUGUUUGAGUGUGUUUUUGCUUAAAUUCUGUAGGAAUGUUUUUAUUAGCAUGAAAGAACAAGUGUAAAAUGUAAGUAUGCUUUAAAAAGGUUAUACCUUAUGUGAAAUGAAGGAAAUAUUAAUUGUUGGCCAGCUAUGACUGUAAACUGUUAUACUAGUUUUGAGCUUUAGGCCUCUUGCAUAUCUGUAUAAAAGAAUCAAUUUCAUAUAGGAACUUGCUAGAAAGAAAGCUUUUAAUUUUAUUUAUUGCCAGAAAAAUCCUAUGAUUCUCUGCCUGCCAUCUAACUCAUAUUUAUAUGCAUAUUGCAUGUGUAUUAUGGAAAGUUAUGUGGUGGUUGUGUAUUAUGAUCUGCAGGAGCUCCAAGUGUUUCCACAUGUGCCACUGGUGUCAAUGUCAAGGAUUUUAAUGCCUAAAACAAUGUGUCUAGACACGUACCAAAUUUUUGUAUUGUUCUCUCUUUUUUUUCUUAAUCCUAGUAAACAGCACUUUUAUUCCUCCAAAAUCAGAAGAGCCAAAAAAUGUGUCUUCAAUGGAAGAAUAUUAAAGUUAUGUUUUUAAGAAAAUAAUAAAACAUAGUCCUAAUGCUUGCAGUGUGGGAUUUUCAGAAACACACAGUGUUGGUCAAAUUAUUCCACUGAUUAUGAUGGCCUAAGUGGAACUGAAAUUAGGCCAGUCCCAAGUGCUUUUUAAAAUUCCACCUUUAAUAUAUUAAUCAAUAUAGUUUUUUAAGGGCCUAUUCUAGUAGAGUGCUAAAUACGUCUACAAUGCACUCAGUAUCCUCAAGUCUAUGACUUUCAAUGAGAUUGAGGUGGCGCAGACCUACUAAGGAUGGGUCCUAUCUAUUUCUCUGUUUUUGUGGUGUUAAAUGUAUAAGCAAUUAGGCUCUCUCCUUGACUUAGAACAAAAACCAUAUCUUCAAAUUUUAUGUUUGCUUGUAAUGUUGUGCUACCUAAAAGGAUCCCAUUCCUAAGCAUCAUCUUUUCCUAAUAUUUUUAUACAUCCCAUGUUAAUACUAAGGAAAUGGACUGAAUUGUUUAUUUUCUAUGUUAAUGCAAAGAUAUUGACCGAGAACUACUGAACUGUUUUGUUUGUCACAAUUUCAGCUCUUUAAGAACCAAAGACUGACUUCUGUUCUCAUGAAGAAUGGAAAGCAGUAUGUGAUGAGGAUUGUUUAUCAAUAGACUGUUCUGUAAGAGUGAUGACAAAGAAUACUAAUUUUAACUCAUUACUGUGUGUUGGUCUCCUGAAUUAUUGCCACAGAUAGUGUGGUGCUGUGUAUAUUUAAAGGAAGGGGGGGGGUUGCCAUAAAUGCUUUUUUCCUUGGCAUCCCAGCAGUAAAUUUUGCCCUUAGCCAUUCUUAAGCAAAGUUAUAGCUUAUUUGUAGACAUCUCAAGUAUUUUAUAGAAAUGUAAUGAUUUGAUUGAAGUAGUUGAGGGCACGUGGUAAGGGAUAUUUUAAACCAUAUUGGAAUGACCUUAAAAUCUAUCAGUUAAUCUAAUAUGCUUUAGCAAUGAUGUAAUGCAAUGCAAAUAAGAAAAAAAGUGAAUAUAAAGUGAACAAAACAUCCUUCAAAAGCACGCUUAAAUGGUUUCAUUACCUCUUGAUAUAUUUUCCUAUAACUGAGUGUUUAGAAUAUUCUGAGGCAUAUGGGAAAAUACAAAAUAGUUAUAUACUGUAUGAACCAUUAUAUCCUCAAAAUAAACUUGGUCUUAUUUCGUAACAGACUAAUACAAUUCUUUAAGGAGUGAUGAAGUGAAUAAUUUUUAAAUCCCUGAUGUAAUUUUGAAGUGAUUUCUGAUUUUCAGUACUUACAAUUUCACACCUUUGAGUAUGAGGCAUCUAUCAGUACUGUAGGUCUGUACCUUUUUCUGAAGCAUGCUUUUGUGCCCAUUUGUUAAGAAUGUGGAAGGCAUUCUGUGAAAUUGAUGUGCAAUUUUUAUUCUAGUGCAUCUAUAUAUAUGUAUAUAUACAUAUAUACAUCCUAUAUUACACAUUAAUAUACUGUAGCUGAACUAAUAUAACUUAACAGAUCUAAGUGAUUAAUCAUGUAUGGUCUUAGAAAAAUGUGAUUUCAACCAGUAUGUGAAUGGAUUAUGACAUAUAGCUGAGUUACCUUUAAAAGUUUAAAUAUUAGAGCCCCAAGGUGACAUAUGUUAAAUUAUGAAAUGUUAACCAACAGUCUUCUCUAAAUAUCUUUUAUCACUUUGUUGGGAAAUUUUAAAAGUUGACAAAUUAUAGUAAAAUAAUAUAUGUAUACUACCUGCUUGAACUCAGAACUAUUCUGUAGUGAAUUUUAACAUAGUGCCUUCAAACAAAAUAAAUGAGAUGCAGAACUAAGUGUUAUGCACGUUCCUUUUGAUAUUUUCAUAAUUCUUGUAAAAAUACAGAGAGGAGCCAACCACAUUGGCUUUGCCAUUCCUGACAAGGCAAAUUAAGUAUGUCUUCUCUCCAAGGAUUUAACAUGGAGAAGAUAGAGGAAGUAUUCUUCAAGAUUCUGAAGGCCUUGCAAAUUAACGAGUAAAAACAUUACAGAAACAUUUACAGUGGAAUCUAGUUGAUAUGCUAAGACACUUUUAAGCCCACCUGCUGUAUUUUAAAUUUAAGUAGGAAUAUAUAAAAUAUAAAAUCCAUUUUGAAAUAGAGAUUAUAUUGAGAAACAAGCGCAAAGUAUAUGUUCUUUUUGGAUCUUGCAGGUCUAUUUUUCUAUCAUUAUGUUUACUAAUGCUAUGUUGUAGUGGGUAACUAAUGAGACAGUUAUAUAAAAAUAUUGAAAUGACAUAUUGCAUAUCAGCAAGAGGAAGUGUACUUAAGAUUAUCUUAUUUGUAGACGUAUGUUAAGUUAGGCUUAAUGAAAAAUGCACUGAAACAAAUGCUGGGAAUUUCCUGUGUACUAUCAUAAUUUUGGUUUUUGUUUUGAUGUUCAUGAAAAUGUUUGUACUUUUUUAUCAUUGUCUUUUAUGAAAUAUAACGUUCUAAACAUUG